CACAACGAUUCAACGUAAUUUCGGAGCGGCAGAUUAUCCGAGCACGAUGUGCACUGCUCGACGUUACAGCUCGCUCUGCCAGGGUCGGCGGCCGAUCGUCGCUCCCUCAGCUAACGGAGCAGUAACCACACAGCAGUACCCCUUCGUGACCGGCAGGGGCUCGCCAAAAUUUGUCGUUUCUUACGCGGCCUUCCUGAUGGCUGCGACGUUCUCGACGCCCUCUACACCACAGGCUGAAUCUGUGAAUCAAAAGCAUAUGCACUUGCCACAAUUAUUAUCUCACAAAUAUACUAAGACCAAAAUUCAUAUUUCGAUUACAGAAUUGCACGUAAAUUCAAUUAAAUAA